UGGGGUUCGCUUGCUCUUUGGCGCCGCCGCCGCCGCAGCAGCUCCGCCUUUCCCUCCUCCAACAACCGCCGCGUUUUUAUUCAGGUCCUGAUUAUUGAGAAGUUAAAGAUUUGAAAAAGAUGUCUUAUGAUGAUGUUGAGAUAGAGGACAUGGAUUGGAAUGAGAAGCUGCAAGCUUAUACAUACCCGUGUCCUUGUGGUGAUCUUUUCCAAAUUACUAAGAAAGACCUAAAACUCGGUGAGGAAAUCGCCCGUUGCCCUAGCUGCUCUCUCUACAUCACCGUCAUCUACAAUGCUGAGGACUUUGUUGAUCAGAAAUCCAACAAGAAUCUUACUCCAACAAGGAAAACCAUUUCUGUUGCUUGAAAUCAUUCAGAUGGCUUAGAUGACAAGGUGGUGAAAAGAAGAUUGUGAGCCACAGAAGUUUUGUCAGAGUUUAAUUGCUGCUUAAAUGAUUAUAGAUAGAUAUAGUAGUCCUGAUCACUUAAAAGAAAUUUGUAUUAGACUUGAGCUAUAGUGGGAGAUUGAGAGGAAGAAGCUACGAUACAGUUCUAUAUAUAUUAUUGAUUGAUAGAGGUGAUGAAUCUAUGAUACUACCAUAUCCACAUGACCUUGAUUUAUGAUAAAAUACAUGAUCUAAUUUGACAUUGGAAAAUAUGUCUCAGUUCAGAUGCAAAAAAAGUGUGCGGUGUAAGUUGUGAAAAAUAUAUCUGUAAUGAAUUUUUCCUGAUAGU